AUGGCGCGAUUCUUCACCAUCGUCGCCGCGAUCAAAAUGAUCAUCAUCCACCUAUCAUACUCAUCCACGAUGCCGGCAGCUCCACAAGACACAUCCACGAACGAGGAAUACUUUGUAAUGUCAGGCAUGCCGUGGAGUGUGGAGUGUGACUUACAGGAUGCAAAGGACCCAACGAAUGUGCAUUUUCUUCCUGUCAAAUGGAUUUUUGUAAGCGCGACUACUGAUGCUACAAAUCGUCAAAGUCGUUAUAUUUAUAUUAAUGAUAGGCUGGACAGUUGGGCUCAAUCCAGGUACAGCGUGCAGUUGAACCUGGACACUCAGACAUCCAGAUUGGAAAUUUCAAAAGUUGAUAGAGACCACGCCGGCUAUUAUGAAUGUACGUACCCUAAAGAUGAUGCAAAAGCUGCAGUAGAAGUUGAAGUUACAAGAAAGUAUAAACUAACCGUUGUCGAAGAGCCGGCGAUCUCUCUGGUGAUGAACGAAGACAAAUCUCAAACCCUCGGCAUGGCAGUAUCCUACUUAGGUCUCGAACCCUCAGUUCCCAGGUUUGAAUGCAAGUUCGGUCAAAAGAAACGAGCCAUGAAAGGAGAAAAGUGUUUUGUUUCUGAGGAGUUUUCUGUGACCUGCCAUGCGCAGAGAAUAUUUGACGUUGGUGAAGUGUUGCCGGACCAGUGUUGGGCGGUCUUUCGGGAUGUGGUAUCUGUGGUAUGGAGUUGGAGGGAGAUGGAGAAAGCCGGAAAAGGCUUCAUGUUCUGGCACACGAUUAUAAAGAGAAGAAUAACCAGUAUGGCCGGUAUCAACAACAACAACAAUAAUAACUAUAACGACAACAACAACAACAACAACAACAUUAAUAAUAAUAGACAUAAUAACGAUGAUAAUAAUGUUCACAAGAAGAAGAAGAAGAGGAAGAAGAAGAAGAAGAAGAAGAAGAAGAAGAAGAAGAACAACAACAACAACAACAACAACAACAAUAAUGAUAAUGAGAUUUAUAAUAUAAUAGCUGUCUGGCAACUCUUCAUCAUAAACUGCCUUCAUAUAAUAUUAGUAUGGUUAUAUUUUUUAAAAACUAUGAAUAAAUUUAUAUAA